UUUUUUUUACUGAAACGCUCACUAUUCGCAUCGUAAGUUUAAGCUUCAGUCGCAGUUGUUUGUCUGUUUAAAUCGAAGUAAAAAAUGCUCAUAACAUCAUCACGAUGAAUAAACGAACGUUAUUACUCAUAUUAUUCAUGUUAUGUACACAUCUGUGUACCUGUUUACCUGUUGGAAAUAUUACUGAAGCUUAUAAUUUACAUCAGAAUUUAUCGCUUCAUGACAUAAAUGAAUUAGGUAAAGAUCAAAGAGUAAAGGCACUGCUAGAUGUUCAAACAACAAUAGAUGAGGUUGAAAAGUUACUUAUUGCUGACCCAGCUCUACCUCGUUUAACAAAAGGUGAGAUCAGAGAUUUAUUUGAAAAAGUCACCAAAGAGGAAUUGAAGAAAAGCAUAUCGAAUGGAGAUUUAGAAAAGCAAGAGUUUAUGAAAAAUUUAAUUUUGGCGCUUCCAUAUCAUGCCGAUGAAUUUCUCAAGCUUGAUAAACUUGCUGCAUCAAAAGCAACUACAAUGCAUCCAAUUGUCGAGCCCGUUAUUCCGGAUGAGUUAAAACUACUUCUUAAAAGUCAUGGUCUAUUGAAUGAUGAUAAAAAUAUUGGCCUUGAUCCACUGCCUGUCUUGCCUAGUAAUGAUUAUCCAAUGUCAUCUUUAUUCAGUAAAGGACAGAAAAAUGAUAAUAAACUCAAGUCAAUUCCAAAGGUGAAUGCUGAAAGUUAUACAUCAUUUAAACAAUUGGAAGUCAAUAACAAAAAUGUCUCUGCAGAAAUCGAAAAGUUUCUCAAUACAUUUGGACUAUUAAAUGAAACGAAUCAGUCAAUUCCGAAAUCAAAGAAAGAGAAAUCUCCAGCGCCAGUUCCUCAGUCAGCAUAUUUGACAUCAGAAUUUUCGGAUGUUUUAAAUAAUAUGGGAAUACAAAAACCAAAAUUUGAAGCUUUAACAGCCGGUAAAAAUGUAGGUCCGGAUCCAGUUAAAGAAUUUAAAAAGAGUGGAUCACCAAAGAAUGGCGUUAAAAGACAAGAAUCGAGUCCUACAAAAGUAAGUUUUAGCAAUGGAAAAGAUGAACCUCUUUUGGAAUCAUCUUUGGAAGCAACUGAUGAUGACGAUUCAUCUCCAAAAACCACCCAACAGCCAAUUACAACUACAAAAGCAAGUACAACGUCAACAACUCCCGAACCAGCAUCAACUACCGAGCAAGAGAAAAAGAACAACCUGGACGACGAAAUUGAACCAAUCGAUGAGCCUGAACAAUUACCAAGUCCACGAAGGAGUGGUUUUUACAUGAUUUUCGAUUGGAACACAUUCUUAGAAGUUGGUGAAGAUCCCGAAAAAAUUAUUGUACGCUUUGAUCCCAAAGUGGGUGAUCCAUCUCGUUUCUUGCCAGUUACUAUCCCAUAAGAAAUAUCUCAAUAAUUAAUUAUAGUCCAAAAUCAAAAAAAAAAACGCAACAAAAUGUAUUAAAUGUAUUUAAAAAAUAUUUAUUAGUUUUUAAAAGAUUUAAAGUUUAUAGUUUGUACAGUCUUUUUUGUUCAGUUUACUAAGGCAAGUACCCUGAUUGUUAUUUGAAUCUAAAGUAUAAUAUUGAGUCGCUUAUGUAAAUAUGCAUAAUUUUUAUGUAUACUAUUAUUGUAAAAUUCAUAAAAUAAAACUAUUUGAAGAUGGACGGACAUUUAUGCAUAAAAAUAUAUCUUUUCUCUUUAUAUAUUCGGGUUGUAUAGUUUUUUAAGUCUGAAGUUCUGAUUUCAUUUUUUUUUAAAAAAAUCCUAAUUUUUAUCCUACCUAAAAGUCAAAACUAUAUUAAAUUUUUUUAAGUAUAUAAUGUUACUUCAUAAGAAAUUUGGCAUCACAAUUUAUCCAAAAAAGCUUUUCUAAGAUUGCAGAGAAAAUUAAUUUGUCAUUUCUGUUCUCAAUUACAUUUCCCUCAACAUUGAGAGUAAAUAUGUUAUGUACUUUUAACUUAUGUCACUAUUCUAAGGAACUAUGAAUCCUACACCUCUAUACUAUUUACACUAUUAAGACUAGCUGUUGAAUGUCCUAUAUCACCCAUCCGUUUAGUCCUUGGUGGUAAGGGUGAUCUCUGUACAUGAUUUCUUUUAAUUCGUGGACUAUUGUUAUUAUUGCUAGAACUGUUAUGUGUCUGGCGCUUUAUUGAAGACGGCCGAAUUGGAAUGCCAAGAUCACCUAUUCAAAAGAGAAUGUUUACAUAAGAUAAAUGAGGCAUUAAAAAUGACAUUAAAUUCACCUUCAAUCAUCGUUUUUGUUGAUUCCGUGCCACCUGAUAAUUGUGUAUUUCUUAUAUUUCUCUCCAAAGUCUUUCGUUUGGCACUUAAUGGUGGCAGUUGUUGUAUCGGAGAUGGCUGAUGAGGUGAAAUCGGAAUACCUAAACCGUUCAUGUCAUUCUUAUUGAUAAAAAAAUGAAUUUUCGUUAAUAUUUUUUGCAUUUUUUUUUAAAAUAAAAUAGGCUACAUACUUUCUCUUCUGAUAAUGGAUUCGGAGUGAUAUUAAUACGAAUUAUUCCAUUUAGAUGUCUCCUGUUAUUAGCCAUUGGAUCUGCUUGGAUGUGAUUUGGAUUGCCUUUGCUUUCUUGUUCUAAUUCAAAUUUUAAAUAUUUUUAAUCCUUUAAUUAAAAUUCAUAAAUGCUUGAUCUUACCAUCACUCUGAUUUACAAUGUCACGACGCUUUUUCAAAGCUAUGAAGCCAAGUAUAAAUAAGAGGAACAAAAGUGCACAUCCGCCAAUCGCUCCAACGACAAAUGGCAGCAAUGAAAACUGAUUCUUAUUGUCUUUCAAAACUGAUUUAACUGUCGGACUUGUGGUUACACGUGGAGGUAAUGUAGGCUCUAAAAAUGUAUAAAUGUUAAUACAACAAUUGGAUUGGAAUGCAAAAAUAAGUCAAUCUUACUUAGUGUCCGUCCAGUAAUAAUCGAACUGAAUUCUGAAGCUGCCAUUGAUGAGAAGCUCUGAAUUUUGAAUUCAUAAAUCAUGCCAGGUUCCAAAAAUCGGAUUGUGUAUUGUCUUUUUUGAGCACCUUCACAUGACACUACUAGGUAAUCAUCAGCUGAUGUUGUUGGUCUAUAACUAAUGUAAAAUCCGCCAAAAUUUUGAUAGCUGCUUUCAGGAACUGACCAUUUAAUUUUAACUUCUGUUUCAGAAAGAGGCUCUAUGUGUAUUUCUGUAGGAAUUGGAAGACUUGAUUUAUUGUUUUGCUUAAUGCGCCUUAAAUGAAAGCGCCUAAUUGGACUUUGUCGAUUAUCAUUAUUAGAGUAUACUGCUGAAAUUCGAAAUUUAUAUUUGUCUGGUUUCAAAUUAUGGAUCUCAUAUGAUCUCAAAUGAGGAGAAAUAUCUUCCGAGAGAGUAAUCCAAUCCUCAUUCUUCCCUUUCUGAUUAUCAUAUGGUAUGGCAAUGUAUUGAACUUUAAAAAAUUGAAUUGGAAGUGAUGCUGAGGAUAUCUGUUGAGAUACGGACCACUUAACCAUCACAGACUCAUCACUCAAUCUCGUGAUGUUUGGUUUUGAAAUACU